AUGUGUCGAAUCUAUAUGCACCUCGCUCCAAGAUCUGGCACAUUGCGACAACCUCUCGUCAGCGGGGAGAAGUCGAACUUCCAGUUCAUCCUCCGUCUUCUCAACACCAACGUCGAUGGCAAGCAGAAAAUCAUGUAUGCCCUGACCCGAAUCAAGGGUGUCGGACGACGCUACUCCAACCUUGUCUGCAAGAAGGCCGAUGUCGACUUGACCAAGCGUGCCGGUGAAAUCACCUCCGAAGAACUCGAGCGAAUUGUCACGAUCAUCCAAAACCCCACGCAAUACAAGAUCCCAUCAUGGUUCUUGAACAGACAACGCGACAUUGUGGAUGGCAAGGACUCGCAGGUGCUUGCCAACAGCAUGGAAAGCAAGUUGCGUGAGGAUUUGGAACGUCUCAAGAAGAUCCGAGCACAUCGUGGUCUCCGUCACUACUGGGGUCUCCGUGUCAGAGGUCAACACUCCAAGACCACUGGCCGAAGAGGACGUACGGUUGGUGUCAGCAAGAAGAAGGGUUAA